CAGAAGCAUUGGCGUGUGUGUGUGUGUGUGUGCCUGUGUGUGAGUGAGUGAGCGAGUGAGUGAGAAAGAGAGUGUGUGUGUGUAUGUGUAAGUGUAAGUGUGUGUCAGCCGUACCCAUCAUGGCCCCUGAGCUGCAGCUGAUCAGACGGACCGCCGCUCCGCCGUCCUCCUCCAGCGAGCAGCGGCACCGGUGAGGAGGCUCCAUGUGUCCCCCGUCCUCGGUCAGAUAUCUGAGCAAGAGGGCCGCGCUCCAGCCGCCCAGCGCGAACAUGAAUAAGGAUUAUUCCAUUAAUCUAUCGGUGCAGCAAGUGCUCAGCCUGUGGGUCCAAGGCACGGUACCGACCCUACAGCACUUUACAGGUAGGCUACGUUCACACGAGGAGAAAGACCCGGUGAAACGGGUUCAUGUGUCUCAUCCUGCCGCGCGCACACGCCUCUUCAACACCGGCAGACGCACGAGCAUCCCAUCUGAACAAGAAAUGUGGUACUGGGUCUUCCUGUGGUGUCUAUUUUCGUCUCUGUUCGUUCACGGUGCCGUGGGUCUGCUGAUGUGUGUGACUCUACAGCGUCAUAAGAGAGGACGGCUCAUCACAGUGGUGCUCAUCAGCGUGGGGUUCCUGGCCUCUCUCACCGGCGGGGUCAUCACAAGUGCAGCAGUGGCAGGUGUGUACCGAUUGGCAGGGAAGGACAUGGCUCCUCUCGAAGCUCUGGUGUUUGGGGUGGGCCAGACCGCUUUCAGCGUCAUCAUCUCAUUCUCACGGAUCUUGGCCACUCUUUAAAUGGACUGAAAGCAUCAUUGACUGACACAAAACAGCCAGUUGACCAGCAAAAGAGCCGGGGUUGAGGUGAGUGGGGUUAAACCACAGAGGUUUGUCCUGCGGUACAAAACAAUUAGCUUUAAAAAUCACUAAUGGCAAAUGGACAACUAUAUGAAACCCUCUGGAAUGGCAGUCUUGGAGAUUUUACCAUUUCAAGAAGCAAAAAUAGCAUUAUAGGCCAAUGACUCAAUCAACGUGCCAACUGCCUCGAUGGAGGAUUGAGAUGAAUCUUCGGAUGUCUGUUUGUCUUUGUUGAACAUUUGUAUUGUUUUUGCACAUGGAUCGCUUCAGCUUUAUGUAAACCGGGUGGUUUUGGAGCCGGAGCUGGGCUGUAACGCCAAGAUGGAUGCAUUCGAAAACAUCCUCCAAUAAUUUGACUUUCAGUGUGUCUGUCUGUCCUCUAACACACUCUAAUUCUGCUCUGAUAAACAUUCCUGUUUGUAUUAAUAUAGAUCUUUCCCUCUGGUCCAGCCGUUUUCUUCUUCCACUUUGCACUUUCUGCAUUUUGAAAAGGUGUAAGAUCUGUAGAAGGUAUGCUGGGAUGCAAUAUGGACAUUAAUUCAAGGAGGUUAAGAUGUAAUCUGGUCUCUUUUAACCAAUAUAAAGGUAUCCAUAAUGGAAAAACGCCUUUUAAUAUGGUAACACAUAAUGGAACAUUAAUAUGAAUUUUAACUGUGGUAUGUAAUCAAAUGUCAGUUUUAAAGCAAAGAGGACAAGUAUAUUUAGAAAGUCACUAUGGCCUACAACGUAUUGUCCUGUGGAAUCCAUCAACUGCGAUUAUGUCAUGGAAACAUUCAAAUCUGAUCUUGUUCUUGUACACAGUAUUUAAUGUCUUCAUGUAUAAUCCUUUUUUAUCCAGCAUUACUGUGGCAAUACUCUCCCUGCUCAAAUAUGGGGACUUAAACCUCAGGCCUUAAAACACAAGAGAGACCAGUUUGUUAGGCUGGCUAAAUCUGUAAUGAUGAAGAAACAAACUCAUCUAGAUCUUGAAUGGACUGAACCUGUGUACAUUUUCAUUUUUGGGGGAACAAUUCCUUACUGGAAAAGGUUUUGAAUGGUGAAAUGUGUGGAAUGUGAUGACAGCGGUGUGAUUUAGGAUGCCUCACUGCUUCAACUAGCUUUAUUAUUGACAAAACUUUCCUUGUUUUACCAUUUCCUUCUUAUAAACACCAUGAAUUUUAAUGCCAUUAAUAACCUAAUAGUUCAAGAACCAUUUUACCUUUUUGGAAAAUUCUAUUUAAAUUCAAAUGUAAAUUUUUGCAAAGAAUUAAAUAGUUUUUAUUUGGUAGCACUAUGUGUAUAUAUAAUGCAUCAUGAAGGUAUUCAUAAAUAUGCAGAGGCAAGAAUCACUGUUAUUAUUGGUAUAAAUAUAUAUGGUUAGGGAUUUGGACAAACUACUAUUAAAUUGUUUAAUGUAGUGUAUGGAAAAAUGGAUGCAAACAUUUCUGCACUGAAUUUUUGUUAAAAACGCAUCAUAAUAAAACCUUUAAAUGAUAAUUCAGUUUUUCACAGAAAAUGUAAUUUAAUGCUUUAUUUGAUGUCAUGCUGCUUUAUGUUUAAACUAUAACUAUAAAUAGGAGUAUACUAAUGUAUUAAAAUUAUUUAGUAAUCAAUUACAGCCGCAUUUUUAAGGCAUUAUAAAAAAAAUUGAAUACCUAUAAAAUGCAUUAUAUAUAUGCUUCGCUUCGUUGCAUUUGGUAUGCAUCUGAUUGAAUUAUUAUUUUUAAGUAUUAUUUACUUUUUUCAGAGCAUGUGAGCCAUUUCUAAAACUCAAAAGGGGCGUUUCAAUGUUUCGCCUUUUAAUAGCCAUCCAAUCUCUUUAAGACUGAUGCCAAACUUCACCUGUUUAUUACUGUAUUACAAAAGAGCAUAUUCCUAAUACUUGUUUGCCUAUCAACAGUCCAUUCAUGUAUGGCUGUUGUGUCAAAGUGAAUAAUAUGAUUGUUGGUUUAAUGAAACAAGUGACGUCUGAAGGCACUGAAACACAGGAUCAUGGGAAUUGAUUCCUUUUGCUUUAUUGUUCCGCUGUCAUUGACGUAAUGUUUAUUUAAGCCAAAGUAUUCCAUAUCUCUUCAGCUUUAGGACUUUUUAAUUGCAUAUAGUUUUUAUGCAAAGCAACUUUUGUUUAUGACUUUUUUUAUAUCAUGUGUUUUUGCUUGUCAGACUUCUCAGCACUGAAACAUGAAGUCUGAACAAGACUACUCCUGAAAAGACUGAUUUUCCAUUUGAUACUGUGAAAAACAUUCAGACGUUAUUGAUGAGGGUGUUGGAUGUAAUGGCUUUCUUAUUUCCAAUCUUAUGCAACUAAAAGUUCACUAUCAGUACCAGACCAGCACUGCAGAGGGCACCAGUGUACUGUGAACGAGUGUGAAACCUGCUUCUGUCAAAGGAAAUGGAUUGUGUCUGUAGAAUUAUGCAGGCCUCAUGUAUCGAUGCAUUAUGUAUGGAGUCGAAAAAAUAAUCACUUUUUGUUGAUUAUUAAUAUCAUGUAUUUGCUUUGUAAUUGAUUCAUUUGGAAACUCAUUACUGAACUAUUCAGUUCUAAACUGUAUAGUAAGACAUUUUACCAUGUUAUUUAAACAAUUUUUGUAUAAACUGCUAUACUGCUAUAACUGUUAUUUAGCAUUUUUUACUUGUUUUCCAGAACAAAUAUCUAAGCAUUCUUAACUGUCACCAGCCCCCUCAGAUUUUUAAAAUUAGACAUUGCCUUACAAUGGAAAUGGUACUUCAAAAUCGUAUUAAAAAAUAUAUUUUAUUAUAAAUAUAUGUUUGGAUAGUGCACUUUAAUGUCUGUGUUCAAAUGGGGGUGACAUGAGUAUCUACAUACAAGCUAUUAAGUCUUAUUUUCUGAAAUUUGGAUCAAAAUUAAGUGAGAUUAAGCUUAAAACGAGACGAGAAAUAAUAAAAUAAAAACUUUCAAAUUCAAAGGGAAAAUAAGUCAAGUUGGUUUUUCUUAGUCCAUUGACAGAUAUUUGUCUUUUUAAGCAUAAAAGUACUUCUUUUUAUUUUAUUUAUUAAUUAAUUAUUAUUAUUAUUAUUUUAGAAAAAACUAGAUCUUAUAUUAUUUUGCUUCCCAAGUUGAUGUAUCUUGAUUUAAGACAGUUUAGAUACUUUUUCUAAAUACUGAAUGCUAAGUAAGAAAAUCAUUUAUGGAGUAGGCUAACCCUGAUGAUAACCACAAAAUUGCAUAAAAAAUCAAAAACUUGCAAUUUGAUGUCAUGUGACUACAUUUGAAAACUGUUACAUAACACAUACAAUUUCAAAUUGUUCUGAAUAAAUACAAAAUAAAACGUUGAGCGUAAUGCAUAGUAUAUAGAAGGCAUAGUAUUCCAUUCUGAACGCAGCCAUAGACGUCUAAUAUUGUUUUGACAAAAUGUUUUGUAUUUGAGUAUAUCAAUUAAUUUUAACUUAGUAUAUUUAUGAUUUAUUCAUUACACAUUUGUAAAGAAAGAAAAAAAAAGCAACUAUAGUUAUUUUUAUGCAUUUUUGUGACUUUAGAGCCCUCUAUAGUUAAGUGUAAAACACAGUCAUAAUUACAGCGGAUAGCUGUUCUAUUGCAUUUGUUACUGCUGUAAAGCAGUCUGCAGAAUUUCGUACCCGCUCACUUCAAAACUUCUUUCGGGAAAGAAACAGAAGCUAUUCACCUUAUAAGAAGUCAGUGAACCAUCAGAAUGAUUUUGGAAUGGAUAUUUCAAGGUAAAAAAAACUUGACAAACAAUUGCUUUAAGUUGUAGGAAAAAGGAUGGAUAAUUGGCUAAUAUAAUGGCAUAUUUUAACAUAUCAUGUGUGUUUAACAUGAUUAGCAUGAUGGGUGUCUGGAACACAAGCUUCAGUUGUCUGUGUUUAUGAGUGAAGCAGUAGAUGUGUUUAGUUUGCUGUCCGUGUGUGUACCUUUCCUAUGAGGUGUGAUUGAUUCAGAUGUUCUGAUAAAGUUUGACUGAGCAGAAUUGUUUUGAAAUACUUUUAUAGCUGCCUUUAUGCGUUCAUAUAGCUCUGCAAAAACCCUAUAACAUCUCUUAAUCUUUCUUUGUUGAUGUAAUUUAUUGUUUGCACAGUUUUGAGGGCUUAGCAGCGUGAGUAUAAAGCGGGCGUCUUUAUGACCAAAUCAUGUUCAGAGCUGCUGAUUGGUCAGUUGGUAUCAAUAAAACAUAAGCGCCUGAAAAAAAGUCUUAUGUUGAGUUGAAGAUGUGACGUGAAUGGCUGGUAAUAUUUCAGGCCUUGGAAAAACUUGAGAUGGAGAAUAUUGCAAUACAGAGAGGGACAUAUUAGGACACAUCCCUGACAGAAACAUUCAACACAGUCAACGUUUGCCUGCUGUCACGUGUCUGUACCUCAGUGAUUGCAUGCAAAAAUGCAACUCCUCUCGGACUUUAAAGUGUGCAAAUGGAUUUCUGACAAUCCUUGUUAAAUGCCACUCCGCACGAAGUGGAGUGUGUAGAUAGUGUAAGAUAUGUUCUAUUUUUAAUUUUGUAUGAGCAAACAGCUGUGCUUUCCAGCACCUCUAUUUAAGUACAAAUGCUCCUCUGUAAAACACUCUGCGGUCAGUUGAAAUAAAGUUGUUUUGCAGUAAAAAU